AUGACUACUCCUGGUAUCCCGUCCUAUUCUCAGCACCCCAGCUCUCAUACCUACGAUGUCGCCAUCGUGGGUGGCGCGACCAGCGGGUCAGCGAUUGCUUGGUUCCUUGCCUCGAACCCGGAUUUUGAGGGCAACGUCCUCGUUGUGGAACGAGAUCCUUCGCUCUCAUACUCGGCAACCCAGGCAAGCAACAACUGUAUGCGGCAGCAAUUUGCAACCGAGAUCAAUGUCAAAAUAGCCCAGUAUGCGGCAGAUUUCGUCAAAGACUUUCGCAAGAAUCUUAAUUGCGAAGAUGGAGAUGGUAUUCCCGACAUUCCAAUCCGCAACUUCGGCUACCUCUAUCUUGCCGACAACAACGAAUUCGCUACCACUUUAGAAGAGGACCAGAAACUUCAGGCCGCCUGUGGAGCUGGCACCCGGAUGGUUUCUGCGAAAGAGAUUGCUGAUAAUUAUCCUUUCUUUGCCCUCGACGAUAUCAAAGCUGGAAGUUUGAAUACGGUCGACGAGGGUGCUUUUGACGCCCUUGGUAUGGUCCAGAGCCUCCGCAAGAAGGCGCAGCAAAACGGCGUUGACUACAUCCACAACGAGGUUGUCGGGAUGACUUUGAACGGCAACAAAGUUGAGUCCAUUACCCUGAAGACUGGCGAGGUUGUAAGCGUCGGUACCAUCGUCAACGCUGCAGGCACUCGUGCAGCCCAGGUCUCCCGUCUAGCUGGCAUAGAUCUCCCCAUCGAAGCUCGCCGUAGGUACACCUUCAUCUUUUCGGUGGACGAACCCCUUUCACAAGACCUGCCUCUCACUAUCGAUCCUACUGGAGUCCACAUGCGCUCUUACCGUGAGAAGGACUAUCUCAUCGGCUGCCCACCCAUCGGUCCCGAUGUGGCUGUUGACACUGAUGACUUUAGCUACGCUGAGGAUAUUUGGAACAAGAAGAUGCUUCCAGUUCUUCAGAAACGCAUUCCUCAGUUCUCGACCGCUAAGGUCACUCACUCCUGGGUGGGCCACUACGAGUUUAACACUUUUGACCAUAAUGCUAUUAUUGGCCGCCACACCGAAGUUCAGAACUUAAUGUUCUGUGUGGGAUUUUCGGGUCACGGAAGCCAACAGGCGCCGGCUUGUGGUCGAGGAGUGGCAGAGCUCAUAACUUAUGGCUGUUUCCGCACGCUGGACCUGUCGGCCUUGUCUUAUGAUCGUAUUGCGAAGAACAAGCCCCUUCUAGAACGCGCUGUAAUUUAG